UAUUACCUUACUUCACUACCUCUCUUUCCUCAACUGCCAUAGUGACUAACACACCUCCAGAGGACACCGACGAGGGAACCAAAGUCGAACCCACAUCACAGAACCGUGACACUGCUUUGAAUGCUAUGUUCGACCAGUACGAGAGGGCCUAUCUACCAGACAAAGUCAGAUCCGUUGAAAUCGAUCUAGAAGGCAGACAAAAAGUAGAAUUCGUGUCCCUGCUCGCGAGGAUGUUGCUAGGUGAAUCUGCUGACGGAAAGGGUACGGUGGCCUUGGACACAGCGAAAUCCGACGCCGACCAGCUCUUUGACGAGAUGCUUGAAGAUGCUGUCAAUUUCUGCAAUUCUAGUCUUCCGACGUCAGCAAAGACCUUGCCUGAACUCUCACCAUCAGAGAUUUCCCUAGAGACCAAGCCCAAGACGCAGACCUCGACCCGGUCGGAGACGUCGGAAACAAUGAGAUCGCAUCUCAAGGACUUUUUCCAGGCAAAGUCCAGGAAGCAGCGCUGCCUCCCGAUCUCGGCCGUCAUAAAUACCAUUAUGGUUGAGUAUGAUGGGCAUCUUUUUGGCCGGCUACCAUGCUUAAACGACUACCACCGAAUCAUUGUCAUUCCAAAUGAUCCCCUGGUCAUCGAAUCAAUGCAACUCCGUAAGGACUCACCGGCAGCGAAGCGCAAGCCCGAUAACAUCAUCGUCCAACUAUCUCACCUCCUCAAGCUCGAUGAUAUGUGCAAAGAUUCCGAUUAUCGAUCCUGGGUACAGUUGGUUGAGACCGAGUCUGAGAAAUGCAAGUGGGCACAGAAAGGCACCGACAAAAAGACAAGUUGGCUAGACGUUCAUUGUUCCAUCGAAUUGGACGCGCUCAGAGUCAUCGAAAGUGCGCUGCUUGAUCAGCCUAUGUCCAAGGACCAGGUGUUGGGCGGCACUUCUUCGACUCCUACAUCUGAUGUUCUACAGUCUAGUGACACGAAGAGCGAAGUUAAACGUCAAUUAGCCAGUCAACCUUCGAGUUCUUCCACUGGAGCUGCUUCUUCCCGCAGCUGUGAGAAGAAACGUAAUCAUGCAGAUGUGGAGGAGUCACAAACGGAAACGACGUCCUCACACAAGAAGCGCAAGACAUCUGAUCCCGAUCCACCUCGCUUUCCCGCAGAGAUUCAGUGCGCGUAUUAUGCCAUCGAGCAUCUUUGAGCGGCAUGGAAUGUCACCCAUAGCAUCGUUCUUCUACUUGAAGAUAAUAUGCUCAGUCUUCGCUGGUACGAUACCGAGGGCUGCAUCAUGACACAAUCUAUUGACAUCAUCGGACAACUUCCACUGUUUGUGGUGAUGGUCAUUAUUC